UUGAGAUUUCACAUUUGAGCUUGCUUUCCCUCUGACAAACCUUCCCUGUGGUUACCAAGAUGUCUGGACGCGGCAAGCAAGGAGGAAAAGCUCGCGCCAAGGCCAAGACUCGGUCAUCCCGGGCCGGGCUGCAGUUCCCCGUGGGCCGCGUGCACCGGCUGCUGCGCAAAGGAAACUACUCCGAGCGCGUCGGAGCGGGCGCUCCCGUGUACCUGGCGGCCGUGCUCGAGUACCUGACGGCUGAGAUCCUGGAGCUGGCGGGCAACGCGGCGCGCGACAACAAGAAGACGCGCAUCAUCCCGCGCCACCUGCAGCUGGCCAUCCGCAACGACGAGGAGCUCAACAAGCUGCUGGGCCGCGUGACCAUCGCGCAGGGCGGCGUGCUGCCCAACAUCCAGGCCGUGCUGCUGCCCAAGAAGACCGAGAGCCACCACAAGGCCAAGGGCAAGUAAAACGGUGCAGAAAGCAGUGCACCACAACCAAA